AUGUUCAAUUCAAAAGGAUGUUUAAUUCAUCUUACAAAAGAAGAAAUUAUGGUUUAUACAUUUCGUGCUUAUGUUUCACCAAUAUUAGUUAUUAUUGGUAUACCAUCAAAUCUUUUAGUUAUCAUAGUAUUUAUCAUUAUUGAAUAUCAAACAAAUUGUCGUUUUAAUUUAUAUGCAAUAUGGAUGGCUAUAGCACAUAAUAUACAAUUAAUAGUGAAUACAUUAAUUGAUGAUUUCUUAGGACGAGGUUUAAAAUAUGCUACACAAUGUAAAUAUUCAAUACAAGUUGAUAUUGAAUCAUCAUUAUUAUGUAAAUUAUUUACUUAUUUAACUGAUGCAUCCGCAUUAAUUGCUGCAUUUAUUUUAAUGUUAUUUAGUGUGGAUCGUGUAUGUUCUAUAUAUAAACCAAAACAAUUUGAACAAAGUUCUCAUGUGAAAUUAGCACAUAUUAUUAUUACCAUAGUGAUUAUUAUUUGUUUAAUAUUAAAUAUACCACAUUUAAUAUUUGCUGAUUUAAAAAUUCAUUCAAUUAAUAAAUUAAAUGAAUGUCAAUAUAUUAAUCCUGUUGCUGGGGGGGUGAAAUAUGUUCUUUAUUUAUAUAUUAUUGGUGUUGCUAUAUUACCAGCUAUAUUUAUAUUUAUUACUAAUAUAUUAAUAUUAUAUAAAUUAAGUACUACAGUUUAUCGAUCUAAAUUAAUUAAUCAUAAAGAUGAUGAAUCUAAUAAUGAAAGGGGUAAAGUUAUAACCCAUUUAGCUAUAAGUAUCUUAUUUACAAGUUUAUCUAUACCAUUAGUUGUUAUGAUUAUAUUAAGACAACAAUUAUAUUUUUAUAAAUAUGAUAUAUUAUAUCCAGAAUAUGCUAAACAAAUUGUACAAUAUUCAAAAUUAUUUAGUUCAGUUGAUUCAUUUAAUCAUGCAUUUGAUUUUUUUUUAUAUUUAGCAUUUAUGCCAACAUUUCGUCAAACAUUAAUGAAUAUAUUUAAAUGUAGAAUCUUUUUAAGAAAUAAUCAUUUAAAACAAAAAAAGAAAUAUAUACAAGAUAAUCAUAUAGAUGAAAAAAAGAGUGAACAACAAUGUUUACAUCCAUUAGAACAACAAAUUAAUAUAUCAGUUAUAGAUCAAGAAACAAUAUCGAUUUAUUCAAAUAAAUUGAUCCAUUUAGAAGAUAUUUAUAUACAUUCUAAUAGUUUAAAUUGUAAUACAGAUCCUAUACCAUUUAUUGAUCAAUAUACUAAUUAUUCACCUGAACAUUAUACCAUGACAAAGUUGUGA